UGGCUCUCAGCAAAAGCCAUCUAUUUCAAAGGUGUGACUGAGCUGUAAAAAAUACCUAUCAUAUCUGCAUCUCCAACAGUUGGGUACUCCAUACUGCACACAACACUGCACGGCCUUUUGCUACAUGAACCCGGCGCGUCCUUUAACUCAAGCAUUACUGUGGCGAUGAAGACAUCUGAAAUAUCUGUAGGCAAUAACGACUACGACUUGGCUGUGCACGUGACCACACCUGUCUCAGCCAAGACACCUGUGCUUGUAUAUUUGACUCAGCGGGGACAAGGCAAAAUCGGCAGCUACGUGUACACUAUUGGUCGGGGCACGGAGACGUAUAGUAGUAUUUUACAGCAGGGUGAGGACGCAGGAGUUGACGAUUUGGCCACGAAUUUGGGGCGAGUGAUCCUGAAGCGUUUUGGGUGUCCAUCGUAUGUGUGUAUGAGUGGAUGUUUCAUGCCCUACGAGUAUGGCGAACUUUCACGCCAGGUGGUGGCUGCGUGCAACGAGGCCGUGGCAUAAGGACUUGUGGAAAGCAUUGGAAAAAGGUGACGAAUAAGAGAACGAAUGAAGGGGAACACAAGAGAAAAUAAAUGAGAACACAGGAAGGUGUCACGUGAAACGUACAGGAAACUAGAGAACAAGAAUAAAGGGUAUUGAAAGGUGAGAGAAUGCGAAUGUGGGGGAGUAAAAAGGAGCGAGCCUGAAGAGGGUCUGAAAAGUCAAAAAGAACUCAAUUCCAGAUUUGUGGGGUUUUGAGAGGUCUGUACAGCGGUCCCUCUUUUCUAU